CUAAGCUCAAUCUUCGUGAUCCUGAACUCGUCAUGAUUGCCAUUUUUUAAGCAUGAAAUGUUGAACUGAUUACCACUUUCUCGACCCGAUCGCUGAUUUUUUUGGAUCCACUCAUCGUCAGUUGCGUCGUAGCUUGCAGAAUUAUUCUUGUGAAAGAUUUAUUUUCAGACAAUUGGCAUGGUUUCUCGUGGGUUUUACUGCCCGAUGCCUUGCAAUACCCUCGACAAUGCUCAUGGUUGCCGUCUCCAUGGAUAAUACCUCACCUCCAUUUCCUUGGAGAAUUCAUCAGUGUGGUUUCUUAGAUGCUGCGGAUACUAGCGAAUGGUGUGAUUUGUGUGGUUGGAAGGUUUGAUGAAGUCGAAGACGGAAUGAAUCAAGCGUUGCAAGGGUUUGGAUUUCGAUGUAUGUUUUGGGUGUAAGAUUGUGUUUUUGAGAUGGGCUUGAAAUUGGGUCUGUCAUCAGUUGUGAGCAGGAUGGGGAGUCUUGAUGGAAGGAAAUCGUGCAAGCUUGUGUUCCGACUUUUGAUUACACUUUUUGUUGGAAUUCUGAUGAAGAAUAGUUUCUCCCUGGCGGCAUCACUCCCUUUCGAAAUUCGGCCCAGCUUCCAGGCUUUGAAGGCGGAAUUCGAGGAUGGCCGGUUUGUGUGCAGAGUGUCGGACUUCGGCGCCACGGGAAAUGGCGAGGUUUAUGAUACCAGCGCCAUACAGUCUAGUAUUGAUUAUUGCGCCAACCAGGGUGGGGGAGUAGUGUACGUUUCUCCGGGGGAGAACCUGACGGGCACACUCUACUUGAAGAGUAACAUCACGUUAUGGGUGGACAAAGGGGCAACAAUUGUGGGCAGCGCACGGCAGGAAGAUUUUCUCGCUCACUGGACAAGAUGGUACACCAUUCUGGCCGAAGAUGCCGAGAAUGUAGAGCUCACAGGCGGUGGCAUCGUAACAGGGCAGGGGUUGAAGUUUGUUGUGGAAUUCAAGGAGGAGAAGAAUAUCAUGGUGAGCUGGAAUGUGACGGGUGAUUGUGUCGGGGACGAGUGCCGGCCGCGCUUAGUGGGCUUUAUUAACUGCAAGAAUGUGCACAUUUGGAAUGUAUUUCUCCGCGAACCAGCAUAUUGGUGCUUGCAUAUUGUGAAAUCAAACAUUAUUUCGAUACACGAUGUGUCCAUGCAUGGCGAUUUCAAUUCCCCGAAUACGGAUGGCAUUGACAUCGACUCUUCUAAUAACACAGUGAUCAAGGAUUGCCAUAUCGACACUGGUGAUGAUGCCAUAUGCUCUAAAUCAGAGCUUGGUCCUCUUUACAAUUUGACAGUGACUAAUUGCUGGAUCCGAACCAAAUCAUGUGCCGUGAAGUUGGGUAGUAUGACCAAUUUCAAUCUUGGUAAUCUACACUUCGAGCAGCUUGUGAUAGUGGAUUCACACAGAGGGCUAGGGAUUCAACUCCGAGACUCAGGCAAUAUCAACAAUGUCACUUAUGCCAACAUCCAGAUGAGCACACGUUACUAUCACCCUUCAUGGUGGGGUCUCGCAGAGCCUAUUUACGUAUCUGCAUGCCCUCGGACGCCAGACACUGUGUUGGGCUCUGUCAACAACGUGCACUAUAUGAAUAUCACGACCACCUCAGAGAAUGGCAUUUUUCUAUCAGGAUUGGAAGAAAGUUUUUUGAAGGGAUUACAUUUCAGGAACGUCAAAAUGACGCUUGCAAGGUCGACAAAUUUUACAGGAGGUUAUCACGACUACCGACCUGGAUGUCAAGGUCUGGUGACUCAUCGAAUGUCAGGUUUGUUUAUGGAGUAUGUUAAGGAUAUCUGGAUGCAGGAGGUAUUUGUGCAGUGGAAGGGGUCUAAUGUGUCAGAUUGGGGAUUGCCAAUCGAUUUCACUCCCUCUACUGUAGGUAAUAUGCACUUGAUGAACUAUGAGAAUACGUAUACUGUUUGAACAUCUACCUCCAGCUCCAUCAGGUUUAGAAACAUAAUGUUGAUUUUCUUAAGUUAGUGUUUACUUCGCCUGCUAUCAAUUGAUUUAUUUGAUAAUUUAUUUACUCAUUAAGAAACAAUUUGUUUAAUUACCAUGCAAUAGAUGUAAGUUUGAGAAGGUAGAAUACAAACUAUUAUUUAAACAGCCA